AUGUCCAAAACACGCCGUGGAAUAUCCUACGUUUUGGGUGAGUCCAACGACGACGAAAACCAUAUUUUACCCAUAAACUCCAUACAAUACUCUUCGUUUUCCGACAAAUUUUAUACCGGAGGUCGUGACGGUACGGUCAAGGAAUGGUCCACCAACGAGUCUCACGAACCAAAAGAAGACUCUCCUCAGUUUUUUUUCUCAGACACUUUCAAAGAUGGCCCUGGGCACGAUUCAGAGCUCGACCAAGACUUGAGCGAGAGAAUACUCAAACUUGAAACCUCCAUAUCUGCAAACCCAUUAUCCUACAACUCUCAAGUCCACCACAAUUUCAAAAUAACUCAUAGUCAUAAUAUCCAUUUUGACUGGAUUAACGACUUGAUAUUGAUCAACCAAGACCGAAAACUUGUCUCGUGCUCGUCAGACUUGUCCCUAAAACUACUUCAUUUGGAUAGACUGAAUGAAGUCACAAAGUUCGCCAAUAUUCACACAGACUAUGUCAAGAAAUUAGCCUAUAUGAGAGGCUCUAACAUGUUGCUAAGUGGUGGAUACGACGGGAAAAUAGCAUUGUGGGACAUGAACUCUUUGGCUCCUGUUCUGCAAAUCAGCACCGUGCAGUCUUCGGCUUCUAUGCCCAGCUCGAUAUACUCUUUGGCUAGCAGCUCUGCAAAUACUUUUUGCAGUGGAGGUCCUAGCAGUAUCGUCAAUUUGUACGAUACUCGUAUUCCCAACCAUAUGGUAAGACGACUUUUGGGUCACCAGGACAACGUGAGAUGCCUUCUUAUGAACGACAACCAGAUUCUCAGUGGCUCAUCGGAUUCUUCCAUAAAACUAUGGGAUUUGCGUAUGUUCAAAGUUUACAAGAAUUUUGAUAUUCAUGACGAAUCCGUAUGGGCAAUGAGCACUGCAGAAUCUUCUUCUCCCGGCUCAUACAACUCGACUGAAUCGUCCAACUUUAAUGUCUUUUACAGUGCAGACCGAUCAGGUACGGUUUUGAAGACAGACUUGUCUUACUUGUCGCAAAAUCUAAGUGAAAAUGUUCUUCCUGAUCAGCAGACUUUCACCACCAACGAAAAUGCCGCCGUUGACGAAAAGGUUGGACUAACAGCUAUAGUUGCAAAAAUUGACUCACCCAUCUUGGCUUUAUGUGUUGAGACCGUUAAGCAAAAUGGAGAACGAUCAAAUUCUUCACUUCUUGUUUCAACAAACGGUUCUCUUGCCAGAUACUACGUUCCUGAAACCGAGCAACUAGCAAAGUACCAAUACGUGAGAACUUGUGUGGAUCUCAUAUAUAAUCGUCACGACGAUACCGCCGAGGAACUUGUGGCCGAUGAUCAAAAUGACCUCAAUUCCGACUUUUAUGAUCUUGUGAGCCACCUUUCGGUGGAGACCAACAAUCUCGAUAUUCAGUCUUCUCGAUCGGUCGCUAACCCUCGGUCCGUCAAUAAUGAAGCUGCUACAACAAAGCUAGAAAGUCCUGAUAUCCGCGAGUACAAUACCAUGUUUGUUGACCAAAGUGGAGGUCCUUGUACCGACUUUAUCAAUACAUACAACGAGGGACUUUUUAAGGAAAACAGCGUGGUGAAUUCGUCUGUGGAUACCACUCCGGUUGAAAUUCCGCUCAAUCCAGUUCCCGCCGAGCGUCUAACCAACAUUCCGUUCAAUAAAAAGCCAUUUGUCGAAUACCAAAUCACCCCAAAAUCCAUUGUUGCCAAGAGACUCUUCAAUAAUAAGAGACAAAUGAUUGUUCUUUACUUGAAUGGAGACAUCAAAAUAUGGGACCUUCUAGUUUGUCAGCCCAUUAAGACAUUUCCGUACGAGAAAGCUGGCACAUCAGGAAUGAGCAAAGAAGUUUAUGAGCAACGACAACAAGACAUGGACGAUAUUUUCGAAGAUCACGACUCCAUGGAUACAUUGAACAAUUGGUGCGAGGUGGAAAUCAAAUCGGGUAAGCUUUUGGUGACCCUCAAAGAAGGCAGUUUCCAUCAAACAGAGAUUUAUUAUGAUGAAUUGAUCCAGGCGUAUCCAUACCUUGCAUACAAGCAUCAUGAUAAUGACAAGUAUGAUGAUGAUCCCAAUCUCAAGGUGAGCAAUGACGAUAGAUUUCAAGUUUCACGAAUCAUCUUGAACUCAUUGUUCUAUAGCUAUGCAUUAUACGAAUGGGGGUUUGAUCAGAAAUUGAGAGAAGAACUCCGAAACCUCAGAAGAGCCUCUUUGACGCUGACAGAAGAACCUAGUCAAGCCAAUGGUUCAAGUACUUCCAAACGGAUAAAAAUGUUUCGUAAAAUAUCCUCAAAGACAUCUGUUAAUCGCCUGACGAUUCCGGAAUCCGCAAGUGGAACUACUUCGUCCUCAAACAGUAUUGACGAGAACAUUGAUGCCGACCCGGAAGUAGCCAAGUUUAUUGGAAUCAACGAAGAAACUGGCGAUAAAAAUGACAUUUUGAAAAACUUGUACAAUUACGAUACCUCGAUCAUGAAGCUCUUGCAGCUAAACAAGAAGAAAUACACCGAAAAGUAUCAGACUCAGGGAAAACAGAAACAGCUCGCAGAUUCAAUUUUGAAGAUUUAUUCUAAUGAUCCAAAACACUUGAGCAAUACCUAUAAAAGCGAUGCUAGCGAGAGCUACAAACCACGAAUAAAUCCCAAGAGAUUACCACCCAAUCUUUUGAUUAUCAUCUUUGAAUACUCACCGGAUCUCGGUAACCUUCGAGAUGUGCUUAGCUUCCAUUUUGAGGACCUACAAAGGUUGAAUUACGAACAGGACAACGAAAAACAACAAGCUUUUAUCCACGAUUUGAGGACACAAUUGCCGCGGUGGAUCGGUCACCCCAUAUUGUACGACAAGUUCCCGGCGGUGAACAGCUCCAAAGUGAGUUUCCAGUUGCUUGAAAUGGAUUACAGUAAGCUCGAACCUCACCAACUUAUUGGUGGAAAAUCACAGCGAAAAAUUAAAAAGCUCCCUAUAAUGGAGUCACUGAUCAAACUAACAGCCCAUGAAAUGCUCCGGGUAGGAAAAAUACUAACCUAUCUUACAGACAAGUUUGAAAGUCGCACCGCUGAGAUGAAAGACCAUCGAGAACCGUCCGAGUGGUUGGCACUAGAAUGUCGCGGAAAAGAGCUCCCGGUUGGCAUGACGCUUCAGACCAUCAAAGCCAAGGUGUGGAAGAGCUCCAGCGACGUUGAGCUUAUCUUUAGGCGUAAAUUCGAUACAUAG